AUGGUUUAUGGAAUGUUGUUAGAGAGUGUAGUGCAUUUUGUGCAAAAAGACUAUGGCGUUGAAACGUUCAAGGAAGUAAUGGAAGCCAUUGGCUGUGAUACACAUGUCUUCAAUACUCACCAAAUCUAUCCAGAUAACUUGAUUCCUGAUGUCGCUCAAGCCUUAUCGAAUAUCCUUGGGAAGCCUUUUGACGAGAUAAUGCAAUAUUUUGGACAUUGCUUCGUUUUGUUUUUCAGUAAUUUUGGUUACGACGAUUUAAUAAAAGCAACAGGACGUUACUUUUGUGACUUUUUAUCGUCAAUGGAUUACUUACAUCUGGAAAUGCGCUUCACUUAUCGCAAAAUGAAAAGUCCUUCGAUGCACUUGGGACCUGUUGACAACGACGGAGCAGUUAUGAUCUACAGAAGCGGGCGUACAGGCUUCAAACGAUACCUCACGGGUCAACUAAUGGAAAUCGCAAAACAAUUCUAUGAUCUUUCCAAUCUGAAAGUUACGGUUCUCGAAAGUCAGAACGACAAUCCAGGGGGAGGCGGAAUGAACGAAGUUGUCGUCAAGUUUCGCUUGGAUUUUGAUAAUCGAGAAUAUAUGGCUCGCAAAAUCUAUGCUGAAGUUCAUCCAUCGCAAUUAGCCCUGAAACCAACAAGUGUCGACUUUCUCUUUCAUCUCUUUCCCUUUGCCCUUUUACUGGAUCGCGAUUUGAGCAUUUGUGGCGCCGGCGAAAAGAUUGUCGAAGCAUGGGUAAAUGCGAACAAUCGGAAGGCCCCUAAGCUAAUGAUGGGAACCUUACUUUCCGACUGCUUCAAGAUUCGACGACCAAAAGAAGCGAAGUUCGAUUGGGAUUUCAUCAUGAACUCCAUGAAUGUUUUGUUUGAGUUGGCUUUGAUUAAGAAGAAGAUCAAAGGAAGUCGUCUUCAUAAGAUGAAAGAAGGCAAAACUGUUAGGAUUGUUGAAGGCGGUGAUCAGAAAGAUGAAGAAGAAACAACUCUCUUGUUGAAGGGUCAAAUGAUGUACAUCAAAGAUGUUGAUUCAUUAAUUUAUCUCUGCAGUCCUUUGAUUUCCGACUUGGGGGAACUCUAUGACAUGGGUUUGUACCUGAGUGAUUUGCAUGAACAUGGUUUGAUCAAAGAUAUGGUCUUUCAUGGUUUCAAUCAUUCAUCGAAGCUUGAUAUGUUGUGUGAGAACGAAGAAGCUCGAGGUGAGGAGUUGGAAACAUCUCUCGCUCUUGCUGAUUCAUGGAAGAAGCAAGGAGAUGAACUUCUUUACUCAAUGAUCCCGAGAUCUGUUGCUGAAAGACUUCAAGAUGGCGCCGAUCCUCUUGAUCUGGUUACUACAUAUGAAAUUGCGACAGUUGUCUUUGCCGAAACUCACAUCAAACUCGAAGGCGAAGAUAGUAUCAGUGAUGCUAUGAAAAUUGUUCAUGUACUUAACACAGUUUUCACUGCCUUCGAUGAACUUGUCGUCACACCCAUAUCGUACAAAGUAGAAACCGUUGGCAUGGUCUAUAUGGCAGUUUCAGGAGCUCCCGAUCUGAAUCCUUUACAUACAAAUCACGCAGCUGAUCUGGCACUCGAUAUGCGGAAUGCCAUCGUGAAACUAAACCAAGAGAUCGAUUCCGUUGAAUUUUCCGUAAAGAUAGGUUUCCAUUCGGGAAAACUCGUAGCAGGCGUUGUAGGUCAAAAGGUACCGCGUUACUGCUUAUUUGGUGAUACCGUAAAUACCUCUUCUCGCAUGGAAAGUACCGCUGAUUUGAAUAAAAUUCAAACGACAGAUUUCACGAGAAAACGUAUCGUCAAAUAUGGAUACAACUUCACAUAUCGCGGAAAAGUUCCUGUCAAAGGAAAAGGUGAAAUGGAUACUUACUAUUUGGAUUCUGGGCCUCCAGAACGCGAUUAUAAAGAAGCUGCCGUUAAAAAAUACAACGAAGAACGAAAACCAUCGAAGGAAAACUCGAAAGCUACAAGUCGCAAUGUGAGUCGCCCCGAAAGCGGCAAGAAAAGCAAAAAGUUGAAUUAA